AUGAAGGCCGUAAAUGCUUAUAGCAAUCAAGAAUGGCUAAAUUGUGUUAAUUUAUUCCAAGAAUCUUUACAACAAUUUUGGGAAGCUUUGGAAGAUUGUAGAUCAGAAUGUGAAUAUUUAAACAACAUCAAGGAAAUUAAUGGUGGAGAUGAGCAGAAUGAGUGGAGUGUUUUUAUUACUAAAACUUAUCUCUCUGUUUUGCAAUGCAAACAAAGCUGUGUUUCUCAACUAAGUUUUCUCAAUGGUCGUUUUACAAAACAUUUGUUGCUUUCACAUUAUGAACAUUUACAUCUUUGCCAAUUUAAUUUAAAAAAUGGAAGGGAAGCUUGUCAAUCUGUGGAAAAUGCUUUAUUACUUCAACCUAAAAAUAUUGUUAUGAGAAGAAAUAAAUUAUUUUAUUUAAAUUAUUUUAAUGGAAAUGUUGGAAAUGAUGUUUCUUUGUUUCAACCUAGCAAGGAAAUUAAAAAUUUUGUAAGACGAGAGGAAAUGGAACGUCAAUUUUUACAAUUUUUAGAAAAGGAAAUGAAUGAAGAAUAUUUACUUUCUUCUUCACCUAUUGGAAAAAUACAAUUUCCACUCAAUUCUGAUGAUAAUUUAAUUGAUCAAUUUAAUUAUUCCAAAAUAUUAGAAAAUCAACUUAUUUCACAAUCAGAAUGUUUAUUUUUACGUUCUGCAGCAGAUUUCUUCCCUCAUCAUUUCCCUCAUUUUCAACGACUUUUAAUUGAUGAAUUUUUGCUUAGAAUUACUAAACUUUAUGAAAUUGAAGAAAAACCAAUUUUUGAGGGAAUUUAUUGUGUUCCUAAAGGCUUAUUUGGAAAAAGCAAUUGUGAACGUCCAACAAUUUCUCUAUCAAUAAAUAAUUUUAAUUGUGGUCAAAUGGGAGGAGGAGAAUUUACUGGAUGUGUAAUUGUAUUUUGUGAAGUGUAACAAAAAAUAUUUGGUAAAAAAAAAGUUUUUUAACAUUUAAGCUUUUUAAAUUAUUUCAUUCUUUAUGAUUAACUCCCACAUAUUAUUAACAAGUUUUUUGUAACAUUUAAAAGACUGACUUUAAUUUUUAAAAGAAAUGUUUUAAUUACAAAAUUUAUUUAUUUUUGCAAAACUCACAGUCUUUUGAAACUUUUUUAAAAAUUUUUUAAUUAUUAAAAUUUAUUUCUGUAAUUUUUUGAAGCAUUGUGUUUUCACAAUUUCAAUUUUUGGGAACCUGUAUCAAGGUCCAUAGCCAUUUCGCAUUCUUGGGAGUGGUACUAUUCGAUUCAGCUCGCUGAGACGGAGCGAAUGGUAUGCAUCAGGGAUCGCAUUUACAUAAAAACAAAAUUGAGACAAAAUUCCCGAUAUACAUAUCGAAAAGCUU